AUGCGUCCGGCGGACGUGACGCCCACCGUCGCCGAAAAACUGCUGCGCACGGCGUACAGUCGCGCGAAGAUAGCCGCGCCGGCGAAAUUUCGAGUCGGCGAUCCGGUGCGCGUGAGCAAAUUCAAAACGAUCUUCGAAAAAGGCUACACUCCCAAUUGGACCACCGAGAUCUUUCGCAUAGCCAAAGUAUUAGAAGCGAUAGCCGGAGGAUUCUACGAACACGAGUUGCUGCGCGUCUCCAAUCCCGACGUCUAUCUCGUGGAAAAAGUCCUGCGCAAGCGCGGCAAUCGAGCGUUCGUGAAGUGGCUGGGAAUGGACAGUUCGCACAAUUCGUGGAUAGAUAAGACGUCUGUAUUGUAA